CCUCAUUCUCUCUGUCUCCACAAUUUAGACUUCCCAUUCUCCCCUGUUUCCCCUGUUCUUUCAUCUGCCCAUGGAGAUUGGGUAAAAACUACAAACAUUGGAGACUAUUGGAUUAUAUUAUAUACCAACGCAUGAAUCAACUAUAUAAUCCAAUUAACAAUAGCAAACAAACAAUUCUGUAUUGAAGGGUCAUCAUCUUCCAUGGGAAGCUGUGUAUCAACGCAGGGUAAAACAGGGAUUCGCAAGAGGUCCAAGGACCUGAACCAUCAAAACAGGGCGAAAACAGAGCACCAUCAAAACAGGGGAAAAACAGAGCAACAUGAACCGGGGACCCCGACGGCGCGUAGGUCGAGUGUGACGGCGCGUGCGGUGACCGUUGUGACAAACCCGAGCCCCGGGAGUAUAUUUGACAAGUAUGAGCUUGGGAAGGAGCUAGGGAGAGGGGAAUUUGGCGUGACGCACCGGUGCGUGGACGUGAAAACAGGGGAGGCGUUGGCAUGCAAGAAGAUAUCAAAGACGAAGCUGAGAACGGAGAUUGACGUACAGGAUGUGAAGAGGGAGGUGCAGAUCAUGAGGCACUUGCCAAAGCACCCUAACAUUGUGGCAUUCAGGGAGGCGUUUGAGGACAGAGAGGCUGUGUACCUUGUCAUGGAGCUCUGUGAAGGUGGUGAGCUUUUUGAUAGGAUCGUUGCUAAAGGGCAUUAUACAGAACGUGCUGCUGCUAAUGUUACCAAGACCAUACUUGAUGUUUGCAAGGUGUGCCAUGAACAUGGUGUAAUACAUAGGGACUUAAAACCAGAAAACUUCUUAUUUGCAGAUGGAAGUGAGACUUCACAAUUAAAGGCUAUUGAUUUUGGCCUUUCCACAUUCUAUAAGCCUGGUGAAAGAUUCAGUGAAAUUGUUGGAAGUCCCUAUUACAUGGCUCCUGAGGUCUUAAGACGUAACUAUGGACAAGAAGUUGAUAUAUGGAGCACAGGCGUAAUUCUUUAUAUUUUACUUUGUGGAGUUCCACCCUUUUGGGCAGAAACUGAAGAAGGGAUUGCACAGGCAAUAAUCCAGGGUAAAGUAGAUUUCACAAGAGAUCCUUGGCCCAAAGUUUCAGAUGAAGCAAAGGACCUAGUAAAGCGUAUGCUUGAUCCAAGUCCUUAUACCCGGAUUACAGUUCAAGAAGUACUAGAACAUUCCUGGAUACAACAUAGGGAGCAUGGACGAAAUAUUUCUCUUGGGGACCAAGUGAGAAUGAGGAUCAAGCAAUUCUCCUUGAUGAACAGAUUCAAAAAGAAAGUUCUCAGAGUGGUGGCUGAUAUAUUGCCGGAUGAACAAGUUGAUGGGUUUAAGCAAAUGUUUGAUCUGAUGGACAAGGACAAAAAUGGAAGCUUAACCUUUGAAGAGCUUCAAGAUGGCCUUUCAAUGCUUGGACACUCUCUUCCUGAUCCUGAUGUCCAGAUGUUAAUGGAUGCUGCAGAUGUUGAUGGAAAUGGCACCCUCAAUUGUGAAGAGUUCAUCAUAAUGAGUGUUCACCUGAGAAAGAUAGGAAGUGAUGAGCAUCUUUCUGAAGCAUUCAGUUACUUUGACAAGAAUCAAAGUGGAUAUGUUGAGUUUGAGGAGUUGAAAGAAGCCUUAUCAGAUGAUGGCGCGGAAGCCUGUGACGAUCACGUGGUCAAGGACAUUCUAAACGAUGUGGACUUGGAUAAGGAUGGACGAAUCAGUUUUGAGGAGUUUAAGGCAAUGAUGAAGACAGGAGGAGAUUGGAAAAUGGCUUCACGGCAGUAUUCAAGAGCAAUGUUAAAUGCAUUAAGUUUCAGGAUGUUCAAAGACAACUCUGUAGGAGCAGCUAACUAAAUUUCAUGAAGAGGUUUGGCCAGGUUCUCAGUUCACGCCUCCUCAAAUUGGUCAAAAACUCAUAUGAUGUGAUGCAAAGCAGUGUGCAGUUAACUGCAUGCUGUUAAUAUUUUGAGCUGUGGUUAGUUUGGUCACUCUUGAGUGGAAAUGGAAAACAGGCCUCAUCUGGAGAAAGUGAGGGGCUCUUGUCAAUUCAUGUGGCGAUCUCUGUUAACUUCAAUUGAUUUAUUUAUUUAUUUAUUGGAUUUCAUCGACUAAUUGAUAAUCAUGUGAUUGACAUUGACAUUGAAGUUGGUCUUAAAAAUGGGAUGUUUUAAGGAGAAUAAUGGAGAAAACUAGUGACAUUUUGGUUAAUGGGUUAUGUACAGAUUUUUCUUCCAUUUGUUAGCCUUAGAACAUACUAUUAUUUGUUGACAAAAUAAAGACAGCUAUUUGUGAA